GCACGACCCCCAGUUCGAAAUGCAGGAGCUCCCCGCCCUCACAGCAGCACGGGACGAGUACUGGACGCCGCCAUCUGCAUGUGUCAAACACCUCACCGUCGGUCUGCAAGGCUUUGGUUGUGGGACAUUCCUCACCACCUCCAUCUUCAUGAGCAGACCCGAUGUUCUUCUGACGAUGUUGUACGCACCUACAUAACCUCUCCUCGGACUCUCUCACAACACGACAGACGGCGUGAUCUACCUUCCGCAAACCUCGUCCCACCUGCCGAAACCUCUCCGCCAUGUCUUCCAUUCUUGCCUCCGUCGUGACUACGACGAGGACCGUCACUGCUUCAGCAUCCUCUACCCCUUCCCCAACCCUCCGUGCCACUCCCCAGGGAGGCAUUUUGGAGGGAUCCAAUCCCAGCAAAUAUGACCUGAAGAAUCCCAUUAUCCUGUUUAUCAUCCAGACU